CAGGAGGGAGGGAAAGUGAAAACUCGACGAGGGAACACACACACACACACACACACGUAGCUCAGAAUCAACAAAGCGUAACCGCACAACUCGCCUCUCAAAUCAAAUCUCACUACCAUUCUCUUCUCCUCUCCUCAAUCUCAACACCACCACCACCAACAUUCUCCGGCGUCAAUCAUCGACUUCUACGCUGCAUUGCCAUCAUGAGAAGCAAAAGCUUCCAUCUCACGUUCAAUUUCAGGGUUUCACGCAUCGAUCAGGUUCUAUAAAUGGAUGGAUCUGUGUUAAUUUGUUGCUAUCAUGUCCAGCCACUGACUCUUGCUACUUUUCCACACUCACAUUAUGGCGAGGUUUAUCCCUGGAAUCGUGUUGCCUAUGCUCCUCCUAACAGCAUCUGUACUUAAUUGGAGCUUGAUAUCAUUGGUUGAUUUAAUAGCCUUCCUUUUCAUUCAGUAUACGGCUCAUAGAAAAGGAUCUCGCUUCCAUCAACAAUCUUUGAUACCAUGGUCUGUCCUUAUACUGUCCUCCUUGACACUACUCUCGCAUGCCAUAUUUCAUAUUGUUUUGGCCAUUGAGGGGGAUCAGUGGAGUACUGCUGAUGCACAAUGGGCUCAGCUAAUUGGAUUUAUAAGAGUGCAGUCUUGGAGGACUUUGCCUACGGAGUAUUUUUUGGUCAUUCAAGUAUUAGCAACCUUUCUUUCUCUCAUUGAAAUAUAUGGAAAUGGGUUUGGUCAAGAUGCAUCUUCUGUUCUGCUGAUAGGAUCUCAUCUCAAGGGCUUAUGCUGCUUAUUGUUGCCUGCUAUACAAUUAAUUGUUGGGAUUAGUCAUGCAUCUUGGGUUUCUUUUCCUUUUUUCAUUUGCAGCAGUAUUGGGCUAGUUAAUUGGUCAUGGACAAACAAUUAUUUAGGUAUCUUUCGGUGGUGGCGAUACCUUCUAUAUUAUGCUGGCUUCAAUAUCAUCUUUUUGUACAUAUACCAACUUCCUAUCAAAUUACCAGAGACACUUAGGUGGAUUUCUUACCACUUUGGGCUUUUCAAACUUUCUACAAAGUCAGAAUGGUCAGAAGUUUGUAAUGGUCUUUCACUUCUACUUUUCUACAUCAUGCUAUCCUGGAUUCGAUGUGAGCUAGCCGAAAUGGAAAUCAUCCCAUUAACAAGAGAAAGUGACUUGACCAAGCAGCUUCUUCCCAAAAAACACACUGAUUUUGUUCAUGAAUCCAGGUCUGGUGUGAGGCAUAUUGAUUUCUUAUUUCGAGGAGCUGUUUCUCGAUCGUUCAGCAUAAACUUUCUAACAUAUGGAUUUCCGAUUUCCUUGCUAGCUCUAUCAUUCUGGAGUUUCCACUUUGCAAGUCUCUGCUCAUUUGGAUUGCUUGCUUAUGUGGGAUACAUCCUCUAUUCCUUCCCUUCCAUGUUCCGAUUGCACCAACUGAAUGGCAUGCUUCUUGUUUUCAUUCUCUUUUGGGCAGCUAGCACAUAUAUCUUCAAUGUAGCACUCACUGUCUCCGAUAACAAAUCAUGGAAGUAUAUGAAGAUGUGGGAAACUAUAGGCUUGUGGCAUUACCCUAUCCCAGGAUACUUUUUGCUUGCUCAAUUUGGUCUUGGCUUUCUUGUUGGCAUGUGCAAUCUUGUAAUUAGUUCAGUGUUAUCGUGCAUUACUGAUCAAGGACAACUAACAGCUGAUGAAUCUGUAGUGGAAGAGGAAGAAGAGACUACAGUAUUAGUUGUGGCUACAAUAGUGUGGGGAUUGCGCAAGUGCUCACAUGCUGUAAUACUAAUAUUGAUAUUUCUUAUUGCAAUAAGACCUGGCCUCAUGCAUGCUGUUUAUAUGAUUUUCUUUUUAAUUUAUCUUUUAAGGAAUGCAGUCACUUGUAAAUUACGCCAGGCAAUUAUCCUUUUAUGUGAGGCACAGUUUGCACUUCAGUUCAUUCUUCAACUUGAUCUGAUCUCCAAAACAUUGGAUCAGAAGGGUUCUUAUGCUUUUCAAAUUCUGUCACAAUUAGGCCUACUUAAUCAUAUCUAUUCAGUGGAUUUCUUCAAAAUAUCGGUUCUCGCUUGCUUCUGCGCAAUUCACAACAAUGGGCUUCAAACACUUCUUCUAUUUUCUGCUAUUGUCCGGCACACAUCUUGCCCCCCUGUUGGGUUUAGCAUCUUGAGAGCUGGCUUGAUUAAACCUGUUCGUUUAUUAGGUCAUAGUCCAAGAUCCAGUGAGAUCCCAGGAACUCAUGGGAGGAGGACAAUAUCUUAUCUGGAGAUUACAAGACAGAAUUUUCUUUCUGUUUAUCGGUCAUGUGGCAAAUACAUUGCCUUCCUGACAAUUCUCCUCUGUGUAUACCUUUGCACACCCAACUAUGCUUCAUUUGGUUACUUAUUCUUUCUUCUACUGUGGAUAAGUGGAAGACAACUUUCGGGGAAAACUAGAAAGCAUCUAUGGAAUCCAAUGAAAAUAUAUGCUGUAUUUGUGUUUGUCUCCAUUUACAGCAUUGGUGUCGUUUCCAGCUCAGACAUGUGGUUUCCCAUGAUCAUUGAUCUUCAAACUGCAUUUGGGUAUAACCCAGCUGCUUCAAUGUUCCAAAACAUUUGGGAAUCCUUGGCUAUAUUGGUAGUGAUGCAGCUAUAUAGCUAUGAAAGGAGGCAGAGCAAAAGUUCUGGAUCAAGUGACUUUGAUUUACCAGAAGUUGGACCCUUUCCUUUUACCAGACGUCUUUUGGUUCGUCAUACUGAGAAAAUAUUAUUCCUUGCCCUGUUUUAUGCAUCCUUAUCACCUAUUAGCGCAUUUGGCUUCCUGUAUCUUCUUGGUUUAAUUAAUUGUUCGAGAUUACCAAAGUCUUCUCAGAUCCCUGCAAAAGUAUUUCUAGUUUAUUCAGGACUUCUUAUAAUGGUUGAAUAUCUUUUCCAGAUGUUGGGAGAUCAGGCUGAAAUGUUUCCUGGUCAAAAGUACUCUCAGUUGUCCUUAAUUAUGGGUUUACAGUUGUAUAAGCCUGGUUUUAAAGGCUUAGAGUCAGGGUUUAGGGGAAAGGUUGUGGUUAUUGUAGCAUGUAUACUUCAAUACAAUGUUUUUCGUUGGUUGGAGAAGAUGCAAUAUGUUGAUCCAAAUGGAGGAAAAUGGAACGAACCUUGUCCUUUGUUCAAUAUGGUAGAUAUUCCUAAUGAAACUACUGCCUGUACCCCACAAAAUAAACAAGCAGAAACUUCCACCUCAGCAACAAUUAAAAGACUUGCAAGAAGUCGUUCAUGUCCAACAGUUAAUUCUGCAUUAUCCCAAGGAACAGAUUCAGGGAUUGAAGGAGACAGCACCAAAAAACUCAGACAGUUACAUUUCUGGGAGAGUUCCAAGGAUAGCUUGAAGUGGAAUAGAAAGAGGCUUCUUUUCUUGAGAAAAGAGAGGUUAGAGAUGCAGAAGACUGCUUUGAAAGUAUCGUUGAAGUUCUGGAUAGAAAAUAUGUUCACUUUAUUUGGUCUUGAAAUCAACAUGAUUGCUUUGCUUCUUGCUAGCUUUGCUGUGUUGAAUGCCAUCUCCUUGCUCUAUAUUGCAUCACUUGCUGCUUGUGUUCUUCUACAUCGGCUACUUAUUAAAAAGUUAUGGCCUAUUUUUGUUUUUCUAUUUGCUUCUGUCGUCACUGUUGAAUACUUGGCUAUCUGGAUGCGCCUCACUUUUAUGAACCUAGAGAUUGAAGAACAUGUACCAUGCCGUGACUGCUGGAGAGUAUCGGAUAUAUACUUUAGCUACUGCAGAAAGUGUUGGCUAGGAAUUAUUGUUGACGAUCCUCGUAUGCUUAUUGGCUAUUAUGGGGUUUUCAUGUUUUCCUGUUUCAAAUUCCGUGCUGACAAGUCAUCUAGUCUCACCGGAUUAGAGAUGUAUCAAAAAAUACACUCUCAAUGGAAGUCCGCAUCUGUACUAAGUAAUCUUUCAUUUGAAACAAAGGGAUACUGGACGUUUCUCGACCACUUGAGGCUUUAUGGUUACUGUCACUUGCUAGAUUUUGUUCUUUCCUUGAUUCUGAUUACAGGAACUCUUGAAUAUGAUUUUCUACAUCUUGGCUACCUUGGUUUUGCUCUGGUUUUCUUCCGAAUGAGGCUAAAAAUACUAAAGCAGGGAAAUAACAUUUUUAGAUACUUAAGGAUGUAUAACUUUGCUGUUAUCGUUUUGUCUCUUGCAUAUCAAUCUCCUUUUCUUGGUGACUUUAGUGAGAUCAAAAGUGGUUUCAUAGAAUACAUCAAUGAAUUGGUUGGAUUUCAAAAGUAUGAUUAUGGAUUUCGAAUUACAUCGAGAUCAGCAUUAGUGGAAAUCAUCAUAUACAUGUUGGUUUCACUACAGUCAUACAUGUUUUCAUUUCCAGAGUUUGAUUAUGUAUCAACAUACCUUGAGAAAGAGCAGAUUGGUGCUAUACUGCGACAGCAAGAGAAGAAAGCUGCUUGGAAGACUGCUCAGUUACGGCACAUACGUAAAGCUGAAGAGCUGAAGCAUCUUCGAAGCUUGCAGGUAGAAAAGAUGAAAUCAGAGAUGCUUAACCUUCAAAAUCAGCUGCAUAGUAUGAGCACUGAUGCGAACUAUAGUAAUGCUUCUCUAAAAAAUGAUGGUUUAAGAGAGAGAAGAAACUCUUUCCUAGAAAAUGAAUUCAGGAAGCAAGCUCUUGAUACAAAUACUGAGUCCAUAGGCACAUUGGAUGUGAAUCAAUCUCUCUUAAGUGAAAAAUCUGAAAGUCCAUUGGUACCAGAAUAUAUGAAGCAUCCAAUGGGCUCUCCUCAUGGAAUUGUUGAGGUAAAGGAAAGAACUAAAAACAACGAUUUUUUGGAUUUAGAAAUACGGAAUCGUUACAAACUGCCAGGAAAGAGAAAUGCUUUAGUUUCAGCUGUACAUUUCAUAGGGAGUGGAAUAUCUCAGGCUCAGUCUCUUGGAAAUAUGGCAGUAAACAACCUAGUGAACUAUCUGAAGAUAGAACGAGAAGGACAAGAGCCCACUGAUGAUUCUUCAGAAGAUGAGGAAUACUAUGAGAUUGAGAAUCAGAAUUCGGGUGCAGAACCUCUGGAGCCUACAUUUUCCACAAACUCUAUUAAUGAGCAUACUGGGUCUGAUACUUCUUGCCUUCAAAUUGGUAUUCUUGUCCGUCACAUAUGGUCUCGAAUGAGGUCGAAUAAUGAAGUUGUUUGCUAUUGCUGCUUCAUUCUAAUAUAUUUAUGGAACUUCAGUUUACUUUCAGUGGUCUACCUAGCAGCUCUCUUCUUAUAUGCUCUCUGUCAAAAUACCGGUCCAAGUUACAUAUUUUGGGUUCUUAUACUAAUUUAUACUGAAGUGUGCAUUUUGCUACAGUAUUUAUAUCAAAUCAUCAUUCAACACACUGAGUUUGAAUUCCCAAUGAGCUUACUUCAAGAAUUAGGAUUUCCUGCAAAAAAAAUAACAUCGUCUUUUGUCACAAGCAACUUACCAUUUUUCCUCAUAUAUAUAUUCACUCUCUUGCAAAUCUCCAUAACCAUGAAGGGUGGUGGUUGGACAAUCUCUGUAGAUCCCAGCUUUUUUAGGAGAAGAAAUCAAAAAAGCUACUUGGAGGAUGUGAAGUGCUCCACCUACCAUGAGAGAGUACAGAGAUUAUUUUUACCACUGAGCAAUGCAUUGAAACUGUUAACCAGAAGCCUCUGUAGGUACUGGAAAUCAUUAACCUGGGGUGCAGAAACUCCCCCUUACUUUGUGCAGCUGUCUAUGGAAGUUAAUUUGUGGCCUAAAGAGGGAAUUCAGCCGAAGAGAAUUGAAUCAAAAAUAAAUAAGCUAUUGAGGAUCUUGCGUCAUAGGAGAUGCAAAGAGGAAAAGAUUUUUAAUUUGCACUCUGCAAGUAGGGUUCGUGUACAGAGCAUUGAAAAAAGUGAAGAGAACGAAAACUUGUGUCUUGUUAUUUUUGAGGUGUUAUACGCCUCUCCUCCAAAUGAAUUUGCUGCUGAAGAAUGGUACAGCUCAUUAACUCCAGCAGCAGAUGUAUCCUAUGAAAUUCAGAAAGCUCAACAUGCAGGUAUUUUAAAAGAAAUUGGGUUUCCAUAUCGAAUCCUUUCCGUCAUUGGUGGGGGAAAAAGGGAAGUUGAUCUUUAUGCCUACAUCUUUGGAGCUGAUUUGGCUGUUUUCUUUUUAAUUGCCAUAUUUUAUGAAUCAAUUAUGAAAGCUAACAGUGAGUUUCUUGAAGUCUAUCAGCUUGAAGAUCAGUUCCCAGAAGAUUUUGUAUUAGUUCUCAUGGUUGUCUUUUUCUUGAUCGUGCUUGAUCGUAUUAUAUACCUCUGUUCAUUUGCAACAGCAAAAGUUAUUUUCUAUUUAUUCAGCCUUGUUCUCUUCACAUAUUCAGUCACAAAAUAUGCCUGGGACAUGGAUCCUUUGCGCAGAUAUUCUGGAAGAUUAGCACUUCGUGCCAUUUAUUUCACAAAAGCAAUCUCUCUGGUUUUGCAAGCCAUACAAUUUCAUUUUGGGAUGCCACACAAAAGCAUUUUGUACAGGCAGUUUUUGACCAGUAGUGUUUCACGAAUUAAUGUUAUGGGGUUUCGACUAUAUCGCGCUAUACCUUUUCUGUAUGAAUUGAGAUGCGUGCUAGAUUGGUCUUGCACGACAACAUCUUUGACUAUGUACGAUUGGCUAAAGUUGGAGGAUAUUCAUGCAAGCUUGUUUCUUGUCAAAUGCGAUGUGGAUUUGAAUAGAGCCAGCCACCAACAAGGGCAAAAACAGACAAAAAUGACGAAGUUCUGCAAUGGGAUAUGUUUAUUCUUUGUUUUAAUGUGUGUCAUAUGGGCUCCAAUGCUGAUGUACAGUAGCGGUAACCCAACAAACAUUGCGAACCCGAUCAAAGAUGCCAGUGCUCGGGUUCAUAUAAAGACAUUAAGUGGAAGGUUGACAUUGUUUGAGACUACUUUGUGCGAAAUUAUAUCGUGGGAAACCCUUGAAGCACGAACAAGUUUGGACCCCAAGGGUUAUCUUAGCACAUAUAAUGAGAAAGACAUUCAACUAAUUUGCUGUCAAUCAGAUGCAAGUACAUUGUGGCUUGUUCCACCUAUUGUACAGGCCAGAUUUAUGAAGUCCCUUAGCUGGAACAUGGACCUUGCUUUCUCCUGGGAAUUCACCAGAGAUAGGCCUAGAGGAAAGGAAGUAGUGAAGUAUGAAUUAACCAUACAGGAGCAGGAUCUUCCUAAAUCUUCAGAAGUUACUGAAGUUUUCAAUGGUACUUCCAAUAGUUUCUCAGCGUUCAAUAUUUACCCUAGAUAUUUUCGGGUCACAGGCUCUGGAGAUGUGCGGUCCUUGGAACAGUCGGUGGAGCUAGUUAGUGGGGAUCUUGUUCUCAACCGUGGCAAUCCAGAAUGGUGGUCUUUUUAUGAUCUUGACAUCUCUGAUGCACAUGGAUGUGGGAAGUUCCCAGGACCGAUGGCGAUAAUUGUAUCUGAAGAAACCCCACAGGGCAUUAUCGGUGACACUCUCAGCAAGUUCAGCAUCUGGGGUCUUUACAUCACCUUUGUGCUUGCGGUUGGACGAUUUAUCAGAUUACAAUGUUCUGACUUGCGAAUGAGAAUUCCUUUUGAGAACCUUCCUUCUUGCGACAGAUUGAUGGCACUGUGUGAAGAUAUAUACGCUGCACGAGCAGAAGGAGAGCUAGAAGUGGAAGAGGUUCUGUAUUGGACGCUUGUUAAAAUUUAUCGCACUCCACACAUGCUGUUAGAGUAUACACAGGCUGAAUAACUUCCUGAAAUAAUUGGUAGAUUCACUCUCCUGCUGCGUUAUCUAGCAGAAUGUUGAUAAUUGAGGAUGAUCUAUUUCUUAGAUGGUCUAGUUGGGGAGUUGGGUUUGGCACCCCACCUAUGGGGCUUGGCACCCCACUUUAUCAAAUACGGAAUUUAAAAUUCCGUAUUCUCCCUAUUGAAUACGGAACUUAAAAUUCCGUACUGUAUUUAAGCAUGCGUGUCACAUUUUCAACCACUCAUUAUAUACUAAAACAGAUACGGAAUUUUAUUUUCCGUAUUGAUGCGGAACUUUAAAUUCCGUAUUUAAUAAAGUGGGGUGCAAAGCCUAAGGGGUGGGGCACCAAACUCAAUUCCCGUCUCGUUGGAAUCGCCAAAGCCAGAAGACCACAUGCAAAGGUUGCAUAACCAUAUGAGUCUCGAAUGUCACCAACUAUCUAGAGUUCACUAUUGUAUUUGUGAUCUUUUGGGUGUUCUCAUUUCUGAUUCUGAGCUGUUGCACGCUCUUAAAAAACAGGUUGAGGCGUUGAGCUGGUGAGGGUUAAAUGUAAAUUUUUCGGGAGAUUUCUAAACUACUUACAUUUUUAGUGAAUGACAACAAAUUAUGGGUAGAGGUUAC